CCCAGAGCCCCCUGUCUCUCUGCAGAGGGAUAGAUGGGUCAGCCCCCGGGAUCCCCGUCCCGCUGCAGGGCUUAGCCCCAGGGAUCCCGGUCUCUCUGCCGGGGGCCACGCGGUGGCGGCAGCCCCCGGGUCCCUGCUGUUGCAUGGUACUUUGGGAGUUCACUUUCUCUUUCUCUCGCGCCUCACAGAGACCUUGCCCCUGGAUGGAUGAGUGAUGUGCCUGGCAAAGGCCUGUGCUGUUGAGCCUGGGACUGCUCCCCGCCCAUGCCUGAUGAUUUCCUGCCGGAAAGCUAUUGUCAGGUCUUGUGAUAUCAGUUCCCCCUGCAAGGCAAAGCUGCUCCAUCUUCAAUGUGAUGCCACAGUCUGCACCACAUUAUGAUGCCACAGCUAGCAGAGGUCUCAUGGAAGUAUGGACAGGCCCUGGGAGGGAAAACGUAAUCCCAAUUUUAUAAUGUCCAUUUAUAAAAUUGGAAAUAUCUGCUAUAUCAAGUCAUCCAUCUGGAUGCACAGGUCUUUUGAGAGCGAGGAUAUUCAGCGUUGAUAAAUGGAUUUGUGGAUUUGAGUGGGGUAAAGCAGACUAAAAAUAAACUUCUGAAAUUGAAUCUCAGCACUUCAGUGAUGGCUCCUCAGCUGUAUACACAUGCUUUCAAUAUCUCUCCAGUAGAAAACAGGAGAUUGUGUAUGAAUGGAACACCAUGGAUUUGGCAUCUCUUGGAAGAAUGUGCAGAAAAUGUGUGGGAGUACUGGAGUGUUGUCUUAGGACUGAUUUCCAUUGUCUGUUUUCUGUUUGCUGCAUUACCUCAAAUUUAUGUUGCUUAUCAGAAUGGAAAAGUGGACCAAGCGCUGUCUCUGGGUUUUUUGCUCUGUUGGCUUGGAGGGGACCUUACAAAUUUGAUAGGCUGUUAUUUAACAAAUCAACUGCCAGUUCAGAUUGUCACUGCCAUCUUUUAUGUUAACAUGGACAUAAUUGUGAUCUCACAGUUUGCCUACUAUAAGCUCAAAAAUCAGAAGGUGACAAAAUGUAUGAGUUUUCAGAAUGGUCUGAAAGGAGGCAGCAUAAGCCUGAAGAAUUUCUGUGUAGUCUGGGUCCUGAUGUGUAUAACAUUGUGUGUAAUUUUACCCAGUAAGCUACUACUACGAAAUCAAGACCAGAGUACUGUACUUGAAGCUAACAAGAACACUCUUGGUAUGAUUGAGAUGUCAGGCUUCAUUUGUGGCUACAUAUCUUGCAUGUUUUACUUGGGAUCUAGGUUACCUCAGCUGUAUAAAAACUUCCAAAGAAGAUCCACAGAAGGUACAUCUUAUCUGCUGUUUGCAUUAGCCAUGAUGGGAAACUGUACUUAUGGACUGAGCCUUGUUUUAAAGAUGCCUGCAGCUGAAUCUCUCAGAAACCUCUACUUUAUGCAUCAUCUUCCAUGGCUCAUUGGGAGCUUUGGAGUUCUGUUUCUAGAUAUUUUUAUGACUGCACAAUUUAUUAUGUAUCGCAAGCAGACCAAGAGAAGACCCAGUUUAGUGGCAUUGGAAGUGGAACCGUUGCUUGUGAAUGAAGAGGAUUCCUAAAGUUUCUGGCUUUAUUUUUUUCAAUAAAGUUUACAGUUGGAGUACUUGAAGAUUUUUCACAGAAUGAAGAUUAAAAAUGCAUAGAGACCAA